AGGGACCAGCACCGGUUUCACUUGCAAGCGGGCCUCCUCCGCCGCCGCCGCCGCUGCCUACUCGACCAGCCGCCGCUGCACCAUCGGGACAGCAGCGUGCGUGUGUGUGUGUGUGGUGUGAGUGUGGGAUACCAUGGCCUGGAUUACUACUGCCCAGCUCCUUGUGCUCCUGGCAUGCGCAGCGGCGCCCCAACACGCUGACGGUGCGCCCAGCGACGAGUUCAAGUGCCCGGAGCAGUUUGGUUACUACGCGGACGACGGAGACUGCAGCAAAUAUUUUGUGUGCGUGUUUGGGGACGCUCUGCACGAAAGCUGCACCGGAGGCCUUUACUUCAGCGUCGAGCUGCAGACAUGCGAUUGGCCGAGGAACGUGCAAUGCGCUGGAGCUUCGAGGAAAGCGACGCCGGCACCAGCCAAGAAGGAGACGUACGGCGGAAGCCAGCGUCGCAGCGGCACGCGCAAAUCGUCCGGGGGUGAAACAACGAGACCUACGCGGUUCCGAGGUCGACCUACCACCACAGCUACCACCACAACCACAGUGCGCACGACCACGACGCUGAGGACGACGACGCCCGCUCCUCCGUCGACGCGACACCAGCCCACCGCGUCGCCAGAGUAUCAGACGCUGUACGACGACAGCAAGCCCGAGGACGACGAAGAGGAAGAGGAGAGUGAAGAGGAGGAGGACAGCACCGAAGCGCCCGACGACGCCGUCCAGCCGAGCCUCGAGGGGCCGCGCAAGAGCUCAGCGCCCAAGUCCAACAGCUACGACCCGCAGCAGCCUCAGUACGACGAGGCUGUGCCGCAGCUGGUCAACUCGGAUGGGAAGGUGCUUGGCUCGGACAACGGUCGGCCGGAUAAGUUUAUACCUCGGACAGAACCGAAGCAACCCGACUCGCUGAGCGUGUUCGUCAAACCACUCUACCGGAACACAGGUGAUCAGAAAGAUAAGGAGUCGGACCAGGUGUUCAAGAGGGACCAGACAGCGAUCCUCGCGGCCCCUAGCCCUCAUCUCGAAGACGACGUCGUUAUUCCGUCCGUGUACGGUGGUGCGCGCUCUCCAUCUUUGGGCAACGCUGAUGUGGGAGGUCGCAAGGACGUCGUUUUGGUUACUUACCCUCGAGACCGUUACCAGUACUCGAGUGGGUCAAACUACAACAACGAGAACGAAUUCCGAGCGUUCCUGCAGGACCAGCAGCGGCAGCAACUGCCGGCUGCUCAGCCAGACGUACAGAGGGUUCUCAGUGACUCGAGCGUACGGCCAUCGAGCCGUGGGCGCAACAGAGAUGCACGCUUCUACCCGAGGACGCAGCAGGUGCCGCAGCAGACGCUCGUCGCACAGAUCCCGCCUCCUGCGCUGGUGACGGCGCAGAGGGCGCCGGUGACGCAGACGUACGAGAGCAAGUACCCGCCCACGCAGAGGGUCACGCAGGCGCCCACACGGGUGCCCACCUACCCGUCUUACCAGGACUACGACCAUAACUACCAGCUGCAGUCGGAGUACGCGUACCCGGAUGACGAGGAGCCGUACCCGAAAACCACCACCACUCCGAGACCCACGAGGCGCAUAAAAUACCGCACCACCACCCCGACCACAACGACAACCACCACUGCGAGGCCGGUGACGCGUCGAGCACCGCCCAAGGGCUUCAGCCGUCCGGCGACUCGACCUCCGGUGCCUCCGACGCCCGCGUCGCCGCCGGCCAGGCCUCGCAACCUGUACGCGACGCCAACCCCGUUGGAGACAGCCGGCCGCUGCGAGGCGCGCAAGUGUCGCCUUCCCGACUGUCACUGCGGCGGAGCCGAGAUACCUGGUGACCUUCCACCCCAAGAGACGCCGCAGGUGGUGCUUCUGACUUUCGACGAUGCGGUGAACGACUUGAACUUUGACCACUACACGGAGAUCUUCGACACCGGCCGCAAGAACCCCAACGGCUGCCCGAUUCGCGGAACUUUCUACGUGUCGCACGAGUGGACCGACUAUGGCCAGGUGCAGACGCUUUACUCGAAGGGCCACGAGAUGGCCUCGCACACCGUCACGCACAGCUUCGGCGAGAAGUUCUCCAAGCAGCAGUGGUUCAAGGAGGUGGCUGGCCAGCGAGAAAUCCUGCACCUGUUCGGCGGCGUCAAGUUGGAGGAUGUGCGUGGCAUGCGCGCGCCUUUCUUGCAGAUCGGCGGCAACAAGAUGUUCGAGAUGCUGCACGAGGCUAAUUUCACCUACGACUCGUCCAUGCCGGUGUUCGAGAACAACCCGCCCUUCUGGCCCUACACUCUCGACUACGCCAUCAACCACGAGUGCAUGAUCACUCCCUGCCCGAGCAAGUCCUUCCCGGGAGUCUGGGAGGUAGGCAUGGUGAUGUGGAUCGACCUUCGCGGUGGCCGUUGCUCCAUGGGCGACGCAUGCUCGAACCCGGCCGAUGAUGAGGGCGUCUACAAGAUGCUGCUGAAGAACUUCAACCGCCACUACAAGAGCAACCGGGCACCGUUCAACCUCUUCUAUCACUCGGCUUGGUUCAAUACGCAGCAUCACAAGAAGGGCUUCUUGCGCUUCCUAGACCAUAUACUUUCCAAAGGCGACGUCUGGCUCCUUACAAACUGGCAGCUCAUCCAGUGGAUCCGUAACCCAGUGCCCAACAGCAGGAUCAACACCUUUGAGCCGUGGCAGUGCACACCCAAGGGCGACCGACCGGAGCCAUGCCACAGGCCAACCGUAUGCAACGUCCCCUACCAAGGUGGCCUCCGCUACAUGAAGACGUGCCAGCCGUGCCCCGACGUUUACCCUUGGGUCGGAAACACAGGCUUUGGCAGCAAAGGGGCGCGGCGCAAGUGAUCCCUCACAACAUUGGCCAGUAUUCUUCUA